AUGAGUGAUUCAGGGACCCCGCCACAUCCAUCAGUCUUUAUUGGCACUACCCUCAAGGUUCAAUUAAAGAACACCAGAACCCUUGAUGGUGUUUUGACGGCAAUUGAUCCAUUUGGAAACCUCUUAUUAGGAGAUGUUUGGGAAACAUCUAAGGAUCUUUUGAAUGGGUCAGAGCAUAAAAGAGAACUUGGAUUGGUUAGUAUUCCUAAAGAAUCUGUACACAAAGUUUUGAGAGCUACUAAACGGGCUUAA